UUCAUUGCAAUAUUGCAUUUGCAUCUGCAUUCAACACAAACGACACAAACACAACCACAUGGCUUCCUCACUCUCCUUCCUAACUCUGCUUCUUCUCUUCGCCGUUAUCUCCGCCGUCAAGUCCUGCCCGCCGUCAGACCUGGCAGCACUUACAGCCUUCAAAACUGCCCUGACCGAGUCGUCAUCCCUCGGCAUUUUCAAAACCUGGUCAGGCAACGACUGCCGGAGCUUUUACGGCGUCGCCUGCGACCCCACCACUGGCCGCGUCACCGAUAUCAGCCUCCGCGGCGAGUCUGAAGACCCCAUCUUUCAAAACCGCUCCGGUUACAUGACCGGAAAACUCUCGCCGGAGAUUUGCAAGCUUGACAGCCUCUCCACCCUCGCCGUCGCCGACUGGAAAGCCAUCUCCGGCGAAAUCCCUCCCUGCAUCACCUCACUCUCCUCCCUCCGAAUCCUCGACCUCACCGGUAACCAAAUCUCUGGUUCGAUCCCCGCCGACAUCGGGAACCUCCGGCAACUCACCGUCAUGAACCUCGGCGACAAUGCCAUCUCCGGCGAGAUUCCAGCUUCAAUUGUCAAUCUCGCCGCACUCAAGCACCUAGACCUCAGCAACAACCGAAUCGCCGGCGAGUUGCCCUGCGAUUUCGGAAAACUCGGUAUGCUGAGUCGCGCGUUGCUGAACCGUAACCAACUCAGCGGUUCAAUUCCGGAGUCGGUGCUGAAUAUGAAGCGGCUCGCAGAUCUGGAUUUAUCGUCGAACCGGAUAACCGGUUCGAUCCCGGUCAAGCUUGGAAAAAUGCGGGUUCUUUCUACGGUAAAAUUGGACGGUAACUCUAUGUCGGGUCAAAUACCUCCCACUUUGUUGAGUAACUCGGGUAUGGGUAUCCUGAACCUGAGCCGAAACGGGUUUUCCGGUACCAUACCCGAUGUUUUUUGGGUAAAGUCCUAUUUUAUGUCCCUUGAUUUGUCGUAUAAUAACUUGACGGGUCAAAUACCCGGUUCGCUAUCCGCAACCAAGUUUAUGGGGCAUUUGGAUUUGAGCCAUAACCAUCUCUGUGGAACCAUCCCAAUCGGGUCACCCUUCGAUCACCUUGACCCGGCGUCGUUUAGUUACAAUGACUGUUUGUGUGGAAACCCAUUAAAGGCUUGUUGAUGGGUAACCCGAGAAAUGGAUCGGGUUGUGGGUAGUGAAUAUGAAAUGAUCCAAAGCUGUGAUGUUUUUACUGCAGUGAAGCUAAAGUGUGAUUUUAAUUUUCAAGAUUUGAUGUAAUAAUAGUAUAGUUUUUGUCAUGUGAUUGUAGUAUAAUAUCUAGUGCUAAAGUGGAAAUGGACAAAAAGUACUGCUGAGCAGAAGCAUGUGAUAUUGCUUGUGCGUACAUGUGCAUACAGGAGAGCAUAGGUCAAGUAAGCUCUGAAUGUUCUUGUGUUGCAUGUGAGUUUUCAGAGGUUGAUAACGUGAAAGAUUUGGAUUGUGAUUCCAUUUGGUUGA